GUCUUUUCAGGGACAAUCAGCCUUCUUGUAUGAAUUCUGUCAAAUAUUUUAGCCAUUUUUAUGCAUUUUUAAGCCGCCAUUCUGCGAAUUUGCACUUUAUACGCAAUUCACCUCCAUCACUGAGUAGAAUAUCAAAGGAUUUUCAUUUAAUUCGUUGUCUUUCGACCUCGUUUCGAGCAAUGGCAAGCGAUUCCACAGAGCCAAAGUUUACCAACCGACUUGCCAAAGAGAAGUCACCUUAUUUAUUGCAGCAUAAACACAACCCUGUAGAUUGGUAUCCAUGGGGUGAGGAGGCAUUUGAAAAGGCAAGGAAAGAGCAAAAGCCAAUCUUUCUAUCAGUUGGCUAUUCAACUUGUCACUGGUGCCAUGUAAUGGAAAGAGAAUCCUUUGAAAAUGAAGACAUUGGAAAACUGUUGAAUGAACAUUAUGUGCCUGUCAAAGUGGACAGAGAAGAGAGACCUGAUGUGGAUAGGGUGUACAUGACCUAUAUCCAGGCAAUGAUGGGAGGGGGAGGCUGGCCAAUGAGUAUUUGGAUGACUCCUGAGUUAAAACCCUUUGUUGGUGGGACAUAUUUCCCACCUCAAGACAUGCAUGGAAGACCAGGUUUUGCUACAAUACUCAAUCAUAUCGCCAAACAAUGGGAGUCCAACAAAGAUAAAUUUGCACAACAAAGUACAAUCAUCAUUAAUGCCAUCCAAGAACAUGUCAAYGARUUAGGUCUUGAUGCAAAGGRCAUGCCCAAAAGUGAAGUGAUUGACAAGUUGUUCAAAGGACUGUCGACAAGCUUUGAUGAGGAACUUGGAGGGUUUGGUGGAGCUCCAAAGUUUCCUCAGCCUGCAAAUUUCAACUUUCUACUGAAGUAUUUUUCAAGCAAAAAAUCAACUGACGAUGGGAAAAGAGCAUUGCACAUGGUGGUAAAGUCUCUUGAAUGUAUGGAAAGAGGUGGCAUCCAUGAUCAUGUUGGACAGGGUUUUCAUCGGUACUCUACUGACAGAAACUGGCAUGUUCCUCACUUUGAGAAAAUGUUGUAUGACCAGGGACAACUUGCUUGUCUAUAUGCAGAUGCCUACCAGAUCUCCAAGGAUGAGAAGAUUGCAGAUACACUUAGGGACAUUUUGCUCUAUGUUAUGAGAGACUUGAGCCAUAAGCUAGGAGGAUUCUACUCUGCUGAAGAUGCCGAUUCACUKCCAACCUAUGAAGACAAAGACAAGAAAGAAGGAGCCUUCUGUGUCUGGGAGGAAGAAGAACUCAAGAAGCUUUUAACUGAUACUGUUCCUACCAAGUCAGGRGGGACAAUCCCAUURUCRACACUUUUUGUCAAGUAUUAUGGGGUAGAACCUGAUGGCAAUGUUAAACCUCAUCAGGACCCCCACAAGGAACUGAGAAAGAAAAAURUUCUCAUUGUACGACAAACUUUACAAGAGACUGCAGAGAGUUUGGAUGUCGAGGAAGAAGAAGCCAAAGAACAACUCAGCAAAGCGAGAGAGAUUCUUUAUGAAGAAAGAAAAAAACGUCCUCCACCUCACUUAGAUGACAAGAUGGUCACGUCAUGGAAUGGUUUGAUGAUAUCUGGUUUUGCACGAGCKGGCCAGGUUCUUGGAGAAGACGUUUACACCAAACGAGCAGUCAAAGCUGCUGAAUUUGUUAGGAAUCAUUUGUACGAUAAAGAUACUAAAGAAAUACUGCGAAGUUGCUACCGUGAGAAUCAAGACCAAGUUUCACAAAUCCAAUAAGUGGUUUUUCUUGCGACUAUGUCUAUCUUGUUCGAGCUCUGUUAGAUCUGUACGAUGCGACAAUGGACCAGCAGUGGCUUGAGUGGGCUGUGGACCUUCAGAACAAAGCGGACGAACUUUUCUGGGACGGUAAAAAUGGCGGCUACUUUGCUGUUUCAGAGGGCGACACGAGUAUUCUUAUAAGAAUGAAAGAUGAGCAAGAUGGCGCCGAGCCGAGCCCGAGCUCAAUUUCGACGGGAAAUCUACUGCGCCUUUCAAACCUAAUCGAUUGUAAAGAGUACCGCGAACGAGCUGAGCGUAUAUUCACUGCUUAUGAAUCAAGACUAGCACAAAUUCCUAUCUCGCUACCUGACUUGGUAGGAAACCUCAUUAUGUACAAUAGUGGUAUCAAACAGAUUGUCAUUGCUGGCGACCAAGAAGCCGACGACACCAAACAGCUACUCAACUGCAUCAAUUCACACUACAUUCCCAACAAAAUAGUAAUUCUUCAUGACGGAAAGGAAGGAUUUUUAUCGAGUAAACUCGCAGUUCUAAAGAACCUGGAACGAUUGGACAACAAAGCGACUGUGUACAUCUGUGAGGAUUACACUUGUAAACAACCUGUCACGUCCGUAGAAGAUUUAGAAAAACUUUUAUCAGAAUCAUCAUAGAAGUUAGUCAUUUUCUAGUUGUAUUUUACAAAUGUAUUUUCAAGGUAGAUUAAGACAAAAGUAUAACUCUGAACGAGCCGCAAGGACUGGACGUCGCUCUGUAUUUGGAAAACUAAGWAUGUAUGUGGUAGAAUUCUGCACGUUGUGGGAUGAGGUAAAAAACCCGCGAAAUAGAGCGGAUUUCAUAUGAGUGGGACACCGUUACCGCACGGUUACCGUACAGUUACCGGACCUGGCCUUCACAAUUUUGGUGAACCWAUGGGGCACUAGAAUUUGGUUACAGUACGAUUACGGUCACAGUACAGUACCGUCCGUUUCCCACUCAUACGAAAUCCGCUCUAUGUAUAACACGAAAACAAUGCAAGUACAAGGCAAGUAGUCUGUACAGCGACAACAUUUAGUGCAGCCAAGCAUGAGUUCUUAAAUAUCUCCCCAAGAACCGUUUUUAUAUUUUCUUUUUAGAAACAGUACAAAUACUUUUGCUUAGAAAAAGCACAAAGUACUUAAGAGGACUCUUGAAGCGGACAUAAAAAAGUGAGGGGACUACUACUACCAUCAUGUCUUGCUGGACUAAAUGGGGUCGCCUUACAUUGACUAUUCCAUUGUAUCUUUUAGAUCUAUUUUGACUGCUGGAUAUUUUUUGGGCUUUGCUUUUGUUUGUUUGUGUGUGUGUUUUUUUUUCAGUCAGGUUUGUUUUGUUUGUUUGCUUCUCAGUUUUGUGGUGGGUGGUGGAUGAUGAGGUUUCUUUGUACAAAAAUAUUAGAUAGUACUUUAUAUGCCUGAAUAACUGCUCUGAAUGUUUUAUUAUAAAUGGUGAAUAUAUAAAAAUAAAGAAACAUUUCGUCAGUGUUUAA